AGAGAGGCGCAGGGAGCAGGAACUGACUUCCUCCUGUCCCGGAAUGAGCAUGCAUGCCCUUUGCAAGCGGGUCUGGGUCUCUCACACAGAGGAAACCAAAAGUGGUGAGAGGGAGGGAAGGCAGAGCGGCCAAUCAAGAGCAGGGUGAGGUGCAAAACCAGCAGGCUCCCCAGGGAGCCAGCAGAGCUGGGGGCCAUGGAGGAGCUACAGCAGUUACAAGAGUUUGAGAUCCCCACAGGACGAGAGGCUCUGCGGGGCAACCACAGCGCCCUGCUUCGUGUUGCAGACUACUGUGAGGACAACUAUGUGCAGGCCACAGACAAACGAAAAGCAUUGGAGGAGACCAUGGCAUUCACCACCCAGGCACUGGCCAGUGUGGCCUACCAAGUGGGCAACCUGGCCGGGCACACGCUGCGUAUGUUGGAUCUGCAGGCAGCCGGGCUACGGCAGGUGGAAGCCCGUGUGAGCACGCUGGGCCAGAUGGUGAACAUGCAUAUGGAGAAGGUGGCCCGAAGGGAGAUUGGGACCUUAGCCACUGUCCAGCGGAUGCUCCCCAGCCAGAAAGUCAUUGCCCCUGAGAGCCUGCCUACACUCACGCCCUACUACAGGAGACCUCUCAACUUCAGUUGCCUGGAUGACAUUGGCCAUGGGAUCAAGGAUCUGAGCACGCAGCUGUCCCGAACCGGGACCCUAUCUCGCAAGAGCAUCAAGGCUCCCGCCACCCCGGCCUCCACCACCCUGGGGAGAGCGCCCCGGAUCCCAGAGAAGGUACAGCUGCCGAUGGUGUCCGACGGCAAACUCUCCGCCGCCUCCUCCGUUUCUUCCCUGGCAUCUGCCGGUGCCGAAGGUGUUGGCGCAGUCUUCCCGGCUAAAGGGCAAGCUGCACCCCAAACCCUGCCUAGCUCCUCUGCCCCACGUCCUCCACCUGCCCCUGCCGACUUCUUCCUGCCGCCUCCUCCGCUGGAGGAACUGUCCCGGCCCCCACCGGCCCCAGAGCUGCCCCCACUGCUGGACCUGCCCCCUCCACCACCACUGGAGGUAAAUGAACUGGGGCUUCUGCCUCCACCCCCACCAGGCUUUGACACAGAUGAGCCCAGCUGGGUCCCUGCUGCGUACUUGGAGAAAGUGGUGACACUGUACCCGUACACACGUCAGAAGGACAAUGAGCUUUCCUUCACUGAAGGGACUAUCAUCUGCAUCACCCGACGCUACUCCGAUGGCUGGUGUGAGGGUGUCAGCUCCGAGGGGACUGGCUUCUUCCCUGGGAACUAUGUGGAGCCCAGCUGCUGAUAGCUCUUGACUUUCUGGCUGAUGACCCAGACUCUGCCCAGAGGGAGCCUCCUGAGCCCCAAGCUAAAGCCAACUCUAAAGCCAAGGCUGCCCACCUCUUUGACUGUGUUCCCCCCCCCCAGCUGGAUGGGAAGGGCUUUUGAGGGUAGAAAAGAAAUGCCCAGAGAGGUUUGCUAAGGACUGGAAAGAACUGUAAACCAA